AUGGCAGACCCCAGCAACCACGGACGCGCUUGGCCUCUUGCGCCGGCUGACCUGAACAACCAGAUUCUCGACCUCGUUCAGCAGGCAUCGACGUACAAGCAGCUCAAGAAGGGUGCUAACGAGGCUACCAAGACGCUUAACCGCGGUAUUGCUGCCUUCAUCAUCCUUACGGCCGACACGGAGCCCCUCGAGAUUCUUCUCCACUUGCCUCUGUUGUGCGAGGAGAAGAACGUCCCGUACAUCUUCGUGGAGAGCAAGGCUGCCCUCGGCCGUGCGUGUGGCGUCACUCGCCCUGUCAUUGCCGCCAGCGUGACCACGAGCGAACAGCGUGAGCUUGCGAGUCAGAUCCAGACCGUGAAGAAGGCAAUCGAGAAGCUCAUGGUGUAA